AUGACAAUGCUCCAGUCGCAGAAGCUGUACAGCGAGGCUGGCAGCCUCGGCGGUGCUAUGACAUCAGCAGCGAUGUCGAGUAUGGGAAGUAUGGCGCCGACAUACAGUUCUAUAAAUUCAAUGGGUUGUGUGUCCAUGGGUAUGUCCAUGGGUGUUGGUGUUGGGCCCAGUUGUAGUCCCCAGAGUUCAAGCCUUCAGGCUGGUUUCAAUAUGGGGACCAUGAGUUCAAUGGGAAUGGCAGGAAUGGGCGGUGGUGGUAUGGGUGGUUACGGAAGUUCAGCGAUGGCGGGUGGAAGCGCCUGUAUGAGUGCCGUCGGGUAUCCUUCGAUAACAGCGGGUGGUGCUGGUGGAGUCAGAAGUGAUCCUCUAUCACUUACCGAGCCAGAUUCCCCGAAUUCGGCGCUGCAAAGAGCUAGGAACGACAAAUCUUACAGACGGAAUUACACCCACGCCAAGCCACCAUAUUCCUACAUAAGUCUGAUCACAAUGGCGAUACAGAAUGCACCGACGAAGAUGCUGACACUGUCGGAGAUCUACCAAUUCAUCAUGGAUCUGUUUCCGUUCUACAGAACGAAUCAGCAACGCUGGCAGAACUCUAUAAGACACUCGUUGAGCUUCAACGACUGUUUCGUGAAGGUACCGAGGACCCCAGACAAGCCUGGCAAAGGAUCCUUCUGGACCCUCCACCCAGAAAGCGGAAAUAUGUUCGAGAAUGGGUGCUACCUCCGUCGCCAGAAGAGAUUCAAGGACGAGAAGAAGGAGCAUCAGAGGCAAUCAACUAAGACCCAGAAUCCACACUCGGGGCAUCAUGGUGCUGGUCACACAAGUCCCAACUCUCAUGAUCUUGGCCAUGGGAAGAAGACACCGUCGCUGCAUCACAGUGUUCAACAGCCUGACGACAAAGAUCUGCAUUCCCUCGUGUCUUCUCAUCACCAUCAUGCGACGGGGCUUCAUCAGCAUCACGGGUUGAAGAGCGAUACAACGGAUAUUGGUGGGCUACUUGGGCCUGAUCUGGGAGCUGCACACGAUGAGCUUGCGGCUAUGGUUGGUCGCAGUCUUCAUCCACAUUUGUUGACGGAUCCCGCAGCCCUUCAUCAUGGCAUGGCGGGGAGUCUGAAGCAGGAGCCACCUUACACCGCGCAAAGCCAUCCUUUUAGCAUCACGAGGCUAUUACCUGGGGAGACGGCGGCCACAUCGCCAGGUGCACAAGACAGAAAACACCCGGAUCUCAAAAUGUACGAGCUUCAUCAGAGCUACGCAAACUACGGUUCGCCUCAUCAUCCUCAUCCUCAUUCGGCUGGUCCAAAUCAUCAUCAUCACAAUGGAAUGCAUUCCGGGGGGAAUCCGGGAACAAUGCACAACAUGACGAAUCAUCAUCAGGAUUAUUACCAAAGUCCACUUCAUCAUUAUUCAACCAGUGUGACGAGCUCCAGCAGUGUACCGCCACCUCCACCGGCGUCGGCUGCUGGCUUGUGACAUCACGCCACUCAUCCGUAUGCUCUUGCCUGAGUUACCGCGGCUGCGGCACAUCAGGCCGCAAGCAUCAAUGAGGAUG